AUGGCGACUGGUAAAAGACCGAAUUUUCUGGUAAUUGUUGCCGAUGACCUGGGAUUUAGUGAUCUCUCAGCGUAUGGGUCUGAGAUCGACACACCAAACCUGGACAAGUUGGCGCAGGAGGGAAUCCGGAUGUCUGACUUCCACACCGCAGCCUCCUGUUCUCCAACACGAGCGAUGCUUCUCUCUGGAACAGAUGCCCAUAUCGCUGGGCUUGGAGGCAUGGCGGAGCGGAUGAAUCGCUUCCCAGAGAUUUUCAAAGGAAGGGAAGGAUACGAAGGCUAUUUGAAUUUCCGAGUAGCUGCCCUACCAGAAAUUUUACAAGACAAUGACUAUUUUACAGUCAUGUCUGGCAAGUGGCACCUGGGAUUGGAAAAAGAACUGAGUCCCUCAGCCCGAGGGUUCACCAAAGUCCUCAGUACGUUGCCUGGUGCUGGGAAUCACUACAACCACGAACCGCAAUUGUAUGGAGAGAAAGAGAAGCCUCGAGCGAUCUUGAAAGAGAAUGGACUCUGGAUGGAACAUGACCACUUUAUUGAUGGCAAAACUGAUCUCCCUGAAAACUUUUACUCAUCCAAUACUUUCACGGACUACAUGCUGAAGUACCUGGAUGAGCGGAACGAAGAAGAAAAAGAGCAGCCUUUCUUCGCCUAUUUACCUUUUACAGCACCUCACUGGCCGUUGCAAGCUCCCCCAGAGACUGUACGAAAAUAUCACGGCAGAUAUGACGAUGGACCCUUAGCCCUCCGAGACCGCAGACUACAAGGCCUUAUAAACAAAGGAAUUGUCCCCGCCAAUGUUGAGCCCGCGCCCCUCCACACCCUCGACACAACCCCCUGGACCGACCUAUCAGAAGACGAACAGCGCAAAUCCAGUCGGGCGAUGGAAAUUUUUGCCGCGAUGGUCGACCUCAUCGACGUCAAUGUCGGUCGAGUUCGCGAACACCUCGAGUCUACGGGCGAAUGGGAAAAUACCUUUGUUGUCUUCAUGUCAGACAAUGGGGCCGAGGGCCAGCUUCUCGAAGCCAUUCCCAUCCUCGCGGGUGCGACGCUCGAGGAUCUUCUCAUAAAAUACUAUGACAAUUCCCUGGAGAACCUGGGAAAUCACAACUCGUUCGUUUGGGGGGGAAUUCGCUGUCCUUGUAUUGUUCGAUACCCAACGGGCACCAAUCUGCAGCCGGGAAGUGUAUCGCAUACAUUCACCACCGUGAUGGAUGUGCUUCCAACGGUUCUUGAUCUGGCCGGCAUCUCACACCCGGGCAGCCAGUUUCGAGGCCGUGAAGUUGCCCCGGUACGAGGGAAGUCAUGGCGAGCUCUGCUAGAAGCAUCCCGUGAUCAAGAUGUUACUUUAUACGAUUCAGAAAUUGAUAUUGUGGGCUGGGAGCAGUUUGGAAUUGCCGCAGUUCGGGUGGGAAAAUGGAAGGCAUUGUAUCUCCCACCACCACGCGGACUUGGUAAAUGGGAAUUAUACGAUCUGUCCACUGAUCAAGGUGAGAUCCACGAUCUGGCAGAAAGUCACAAGGAUAAGCUAUUGGAGAUGAUCGCACAUUAUGAGACGUAUUUCCAAGAAUCGGGGCUAUUUGAUACGUAUACGAUGGUGCAAGAAUCGCUUAAGAGGCAGGGAGCGAAGAGAUGGUGGUAG